CAGUUAGCUUUCAACUGUUGACGGUAAAAGACGAAGAAAAUCGAAGAGAAACGAGAAAGAAGAACGGCAAAUUUUGAACGGAAUUGAACAUUUUUUUUUAUUGAAUUUUUGCUGUGUCUUGUGUGACUUAUUUAAAAGAAAAAGUAAUAAGAAAUUGAGAUUCUAUUAAGUGGAAUUGUUAAAUUUGGAUUUUUGUGACAAGAAUUGUGGAAUUUGAAAGAUUUUUAAAAAUCAUUUGAAAUUGGAUUGUGACUGAAAAGUGAAAUUUUUUGUGAAAUAUUGAAUUUUAUGCAAAAAAAUUAUUUUAAAUUUGUUUGAGCUAGAAAGAGAAGAAGAGGAGAAGAAAGAAGAUUGAAAUCAGCACAAACGACAACAGCAGCAGCGUAAACGGCAGCUGAAAAGAAGAUUUUGAACUUACGACAUUGUGGACGUAAUUGGUUGCCUUUUUGGAUUCACUAGAUGUUCACGUAGUAUCCAGCAACAUCAAAGCCAUCAACCACUAAGCCAUCCCUUUAACAAACAAGAAUCAAUCAUCAUUGCAUCGCACUUAAGCCGCCGCACAAUCAUGAACCUUCUGCCCAUAAAAUUCAUCUUUCUAUUCACACUAUUUGUACUCAGCGCACGAGCCAAUGACUCGCUCGUGGAACCGACAGCGAGUGUCAAGCUUAUAACACAAAAUGUGUACGGAUUUGCUGACUUUACGACAACAAUUGGUAACACUGUAAUGAUCUUUUCGCCUUCAUCAAUUGCUGUAGCUGUUCCAGAACCACCAAAAGAAGAUCCAACAACACCAGAAUCACCAUCAUCAACGAUUGAAACCAAACCAAUCGCCGACACACCACCAAAAGCUGAAAUCACACCAUCGAAAACAAUAGCUGAGCCAGCAUCAAAGCAACAAGUUGUUUCAGUUGUCAGCAGUGUUGUACAAGUUGUUGAGGAACCACCGACAGGAGCUACAAAGAAACCAAAAAAGAAGAAGCCAAAAACAACAACAACGACUGUCAAUCCAGUGCCAUUUGAGGUUAAAGCUAUUACAGCUGUGACACCUGAGCCACCGAAGAUUGUUAUGCCAUCCAAGCCUAUUGAAGCUGUAACUGAGAAAAAGAAGGAUGAUGGAAGAUUCAUUGUGGAGUCAGUUAAAGCUGUUGAAGCUGUGACAGAACCUUUGGAGUCAGGUGAACCUGAAGAUGACGAUGAAAUUAUUUUGCAAGACGGAAAUGCAAUCUCAGAUCCUGAAUAUGACUUUUUGAGUCGUCAACCAACAGAGUUUGUUGAAGAAACUUAUCGUGUUGUGAAUCUUAAGCCAUCAGUCAUCAAGAAGCCAAAAAUAUCUGCAAAAUCAACAUCAAAGAAUGCUGACGUCAUCCAUCCAACAGGAUUAGUCACAAAAUCAGGAGGAACUGUCGUCAACAAUGGAUUAACAACUGUCCAUGAAACCAGUGUCAUUGGAACUUACAUCAACGGUAAAUACGCUCAAGUUCUCCAAAGCACAUCCUCAAUCAUCACAGGCGUCAAACCUAAAAUUCAGCCAUCAUCAACACUUCGCAUCCUAAAAACAGCAGCUCCAUCAUUCAAACAAACUCCAAAAUAUGUCUCAAAUGAGGAAGAGAAUGACAAUCCAACAGUACGAACAGUCAGGAAGCCAGGACAAGCACCAAACAGCUUUAAGAACCGAAUUCAAAAUAGAAAGGAUAGCUUUGUGUCUGAAGAGAUUGUAACUCCAUCACCAGUCACUCCAGCAGGCAAGAAAGUAAGCUCAAGACGGAAUGGAUUUGGAAAGGCAAAGAGCCCAACUCGUCCAACAACCAAAUCAGCCGAAGUAGCAACGAUCGCAGCUGAGGCAGUAACCGGCACAUAUGUUAGCCGUCGCAACAAGACAACCAGAAAAGCUUUCCAACCAACAUCAGUUCAACAAGUCGUUGCACAAACUCAAGACACUUUAAUUAAGAAGUUUAAGCCGAAAAUAUCUCCAUCAAAUGUUGAUGGCAAUGACCAAGGUGCUACAUCCCUUUACAAGUUCAAAUUGAAUAGAGCACCAGGAAGAUGGCAAUACAAGACAACACCUAAACCACGUGUCACAAUCCGUAAACAUGGAUCAGCUGCAGGUGAGAAGGAUGCUUAUGAAGUUCUUGCAGUAACUCCAUCAAUUGACACCGUUGGAAAUGAUAUUGACAAGUCAAAGACUGAUCUUGAUGUUGACUUAGAUGGAAGUGGAUCUGUUAAUGGUGAUGUCCUUGAUGAUGUUGAGACAGGCGCUGGUGACAAUAGAAUUGAAAAGAAACUUCCAAUUGAGACAAUUCGUGUUGAAAUUUCAACUCCAGCUGACUUUAGUGACACUUACUAUGAAAUUGCUACAAUUAAGAGUCCAUAUACCUUCCAAGUCGGUCAGAACAAGAACACCAGAUACAUCACAGUCACAUCAACAUUUGAGAAGACAAUCGAUCCAGAGCCAACAGCAACAUCAAUCCUUACUGAACCGUUGACUGAGAAUAUCUUAGCACCAACAUCACAUCUUGAUAAGGAACACAAUUUACUAGAUUCAUCAAUAGCCACACUUCCACCACUUCAUUUGAAUGACGAUCAAGCCACACCACCACUUGAGACUGUCACAGAGACAUUCAGCACAACACAGCAACUGUUGAAGACACACAUCCUUCCAGUCGUUAGAGAAGGAACUAAUACGACAAGCUAUACAUUAAUCCAGACUUAUCAUGUCACUAGACUUGUCACAGCUACAAAGACACUUCCACCAACUGAAUUGUAUCAAUUUGUACCUAGCAGGACCCUCAAUGAGUUCAAUUCUAAGUUGGAUGAAGCAGGAUCGGAACUCCAUUUGGAACUUGAGUUUGGUGAUGAUAAUGAACAUGAUGAUGAAGACGGUCCAAAACGAGUAGCACUUCCAGAUGACUUAGAUUUGGCUAACAUUGGUGUAGACUUUGAUGUCUCUGAAGUUGACAAGAUGAAGAUUCCAAGACCACAAAGACCCAAGAAGACAACACAAAAGCCUAAAAUUGAACCAAAACCUGAAGAUAAGAAUCUUUUAGGCUUGACACCAGAGCAAUUAGCUAUUUUGAGACUUCUAAACCCAGCAGCAGUUCCAAACAUCAUCACAACAUCAAAACCAAUCUUCACAGUCGAGACAGUCUAUGAAUCACAUGUCUUGCCAAUCCAGAAUGGACAGUCGACAAUCUUUUCAACAAUUUCCCGUCCAGUCGCAACAGUCACAAAGACAAACUACGAAUAUGGAACCUCAAUCUUGCCAGCCGUGACACAACAACAAAUUAAUCCACUUCAACUCCUUCAAACACAACAUCAAAUUCCACAAUACCAAAUUCAAUCAACACCAGUCGUAGCUCAACAGAUUGUCACACAGACAGACUCAAAGAUAUUGAAGCUCACAUUUGGUGCCCGAACAGCAUACACGACACUUUAUAAUACGAGAGUAGUGCCAACAAUGGUGACGAGUUAUGUGACGCAAAGCAUAGCCGUGCAACCAAAUGCCUUCCCUGGAUACUAUCCAGCACCUUAUCCUCCAUUCCCAUAUGUUGGGUAAAUAAUAAUAAAAAUUUGAGGUUAGAUUCGACUAGAUUUUAAAUAUCGCUCAAAUGCACAACAACGAAAUACUCAUAGAGAUUGAAAAAGUGAAAUUUUAGAGAAUUUAUUUGGAUAAUAAUGAGUGAGAGAUGAUGGGUUAAGGUAGGGGUGGGGAGUGGGUCAAGAUCAGUGGUUCUCAAACUAUUUUACACGACACUUUAUACUAUUUUGUCGUAAUAUUAGACAAGUAGUUUACUGAAUAUUGUUCAAAAAAGGGUGAGAACCACUGCAUUAGAUUCUUGAGCAGUGAUGGUCAACCUAUGUGCCACGGCACACUAGAGUGAAAAUCCAAGAAUCGUAUGGCGUGUGCGGAUUCGGUUUGACUUACCACUAAGGUUUGUCAUGACACAAAAAAGGUUGACCAGCACUGCAUUCUAGAGUAAAGAGUCCCCACCCUAAUCUAAUAUAAAUUUCCAGUGAAAAAAAUCACAUUGUACAUUUUAUUUAAAAUUAGUUCAUUUUUAAAAUGGUGCAAAAUAAUUUUUUAAAUAUUUUAAUAACAAAAUUUGAACUUCUUUAUGGAAAAAACUUAGUAAAUGCUUUAAAAAUUCUUAAUUAUUUUUGUAAUUUUCAACUUAAAUUGCUUUAAAUUCCUUUAUAAGUUUAUUAAACUUAGUUGUAGGCCGGAAUAAAUGCAAACUUUUUUUUACAUAAAAUACUUUUAAAAUAUAAAAAUCAAAAUAAAAACUUUCUGCUUAUAAAAAAUAAUUAAUUUAAGUUUCUCAAAUGCUUAAUAUUGCCCCGAAAAAAAUAAUCAAAAUCCAGCACCUAAAAAUAAAUAUUCUUUUAUAGUUAAAAUUUAAGAUUAAGUUUCUCUUUUCUGUACACCGUCCAGCCAUUUUGGAUCAUUUUUUGGGAUGAUUUCUCAAUUCAUGCACAUUUUAUAUUGUCAUCUAUUCUUUUAUUAUUUUGUACAUUAUUUUCUUCACAUUUUAGAUUUUUAAGGAAAUAUUUUUUU